AUGUUUAAUCCAUUUCGAUAUAUUGCUGAUUUUCUACACUUGUUAUCAUUUCUGGUACUUAUUUUAAAAAUCCGUAAAACAAGGAAUUGCUUAGGUAGCACUUAGAUAAAUAUAAUAGGAUUAUCAUACAGAACUUAAGAAAUCUAUCUUGCAGUGUUCUGUGUCAGAUACAUUGAUCUAUUCAUGUAUUUUGUAUCGGUAUACAAUACCUCAAUGAAAUUACUUUACAUUAGUAGCACUGUUUUCAUAAUAUACCUAAUGAAAUUCAAGAAACCAUAUUGUCUAGUAUUUCUAAUAGCUAAUUAAUAUAGUCAUAUGAUUCAGCAAGUGAUGAUUUUCCACAUUAUAAAUUCAUAUACACAGGAGCAGCUGUCUUAGCUUUACUUGUCCAUACUGAUUUGGCACCAUUUGAAUUAGGAUGGUCAUAUAGUAUUUGGUUAGAAGCAUUAGCAAUUAUUCCGUAAUUACAUAUGUUACAAAAGAUUAAAGAUGUUAAUAUCAAUUAUUAUAUUUAGGUUGAAAAUAUUACAUCCAAUUACGUAGGAGCUUUAGGAGUUUAUCGUUUCUUCUACAUAGUUAGUUGGAUUUACAAAUAUUCACUCACUGGAGAUGUUUGUUGGACAUCACUUUUAGGAGGGAUUGUUUAAACUAUCUUAUAUGCAGAUUUCCUUUACUAUUACCUCAUUAGUCUAAAAUCAGGAAAAGGUAUGUCUCUAGGAGUUUGAGAUUUGUGAUUAUUAAAAUAUUGAAAGCAGU